GUUGAUUUGGAUGUUGGGGUGAAGGGAUCCAAAUCCAAUCCAGCAGAGCGCGCGCUCCCUCGUGAGCGAUUUGGAUUCGAGUGCGGCAAACGGCAAGUCGAGUCCGCGUCCCGUACGCCGCCAUGGGGCAAUUUAGGGAUUGAGGAAGGAAAUCAGGUGCUUCACCAUGAAGGCGCUCAUUCUUGUUGGGGGUUUCGGAACCCGCCUUCGCCCUUUGACUCUCAGCUUCCCGAAGCCCCUUGUUGAUUUUGCAAACAAGCCCAUGAUUCUGCAUCAGAUGGAAGCUUUGAAAGAAGUUGGGGUCACGGAGGUGGUUUUAGCCAUCAACUACCGCCCAGAGGUGAUGAUUAACUUCUUGAAGGAUUUUGAGGAUAAGCUUGGCAUCACAAUUACAUGCUCUCAAGAGACUGAGCCCUUAGGAACUGCUGGCCCUCUUGCUCUAGCAAGGGACAAGCUUGCAGAUGGAUCUGGUGAGCCAUUCUUUGUCCUCAACAGUGAUGUCAUAAGCGAAUACCCAUUUGCUGAACUCAUCGAAUUUCACAAGAGCCAUGGUGGUGAGGCAACAAUUAUGGUCACGAAGGUGGAUGAACCAUCAAAAUAUGGUGUUGUGGUUAUGGAGGAGGCAACUGGAAGGGUGGAAAGAUUUGUAGAGAAGCCAAAAAUAUUUGUGGGCAACAAGAUUAAUGCUGGGAUUUACUUGCUGAACCCAUCUGUCCUUGACCGCAUUGAACUGAGGCCAACAUCAAUUGAGAAAGAGGUGUUCCCUCAAAUUGCAGCUGAUCAAAAGCUCCAUGCGAUGGUCCUUCCAGGAUUUUGGAUGGAUGUUGGUCAGCCAAGGGACUACAUUACUGGUUUGCGUCUUUAUUUAGACUCACUUAGGAAGAAAUCAGCUGCCAAGCUGGCUUCUGGAGCACAUGUCGUUGGCAACGUCCUGGUGCAUGAGAGUGCCAAGAUUGGAGAGUGUUGUCUGAUUGGUCCUGAUGUCGCUAUUGGACCUGGAUGUGUCGUGGAGGAUGGUGUGAGGCUUUCCCGUUGCACUGUGAUGCGUGGUGUGCGGAUCAAGAAGCAUGCUUGUAUCUCAAACAGCAUUAUCGGGUGGCACUCAACUGUUGGACAAUGGGCACGGAUAGAGAACAUGACUAUCUUGGGGGAGGAUGUUCAUGUAUGCGAUGAAGUAUACAGCAAUGGUGGUGUUGUUCUCCCACACAAAGAGAUCAAGUCAAGCAUUCUGAAGCCUGAGAUCGUCAUGUGAGCUAUCCUGUUUUAGCUGCAGUACAUUCUUAAGUAAAAACUUUUACCCAUGGAGGAUUGCAAAUCCCCCUUUUAUAAACAAUAUAGCUUGGUGUCUUUGUCCUAGUGCAAACAGCUUGAUAUAUCUGACAAUGUAUCCUUGUUCUUUGUUGAAAAUUUUAGUGUACACUCAUGAGUCACAAAUAACAAGUGAUUGUGAUCUCUUGAGUUUCGAGGUUUC